AGACUCAUACGAACUUGAUCCCACACUACUUCCACCUCCAAUUCCAGCUCAACAUUCACUCACACACUCGCCGCUAGCGAGCAUUAGAUUGUCACGUGAAACGCUUCUCGAAGCUUCUACCCAGCCCACUCGACCUUGGACCUUGACGAAGGUGGACGGCUGCGUCUCCUUCUCAUCGUCACACUCUCGCCUUCCUCUCUCUGCAUCUGCAAUUCAAUCCUCUCAAUCGCAAACUCAAUUCGCCGCCAGCCAUUGGCGCAAGAGCUGACAUUCAGCGCGCAAUCACCACUGCUCAGCAACACCACGUCAACCUCACUCCGUUAUACCGACUCGAACACACAAGCACGCCGCCACGAUGGUCUCCGACACGAAACUCUACGACGCCCUCGGCGUACCCGCGACAGCCUCCCAAGACGAAAUCAAGAAAGCCUACCGCAAAAACGCCCUCAAGAACCACCCUGACAAGAACCCAGCCGGAGCAGACAAGUUCAAAGCCGCAUCAGAAGCCUAUGAGAUUCUCUCAGACCCCGAGAAGAGACGGAACUAUGACAACUACGGCUACGACUUCAUAACAGGCAAGGCUGGCCCAGCGCCUGAGCCUGGUGAGAAUCCGUUUGCGGGUGGUGGAGGCAUGCCAGGUGGUAUGGGAGGAAUGCCUGGUGGAUUUGGCGGAGGCGGAAUGCCAGGUGGGACGUUUCACUUCAGCUCGGGAGGUGGUGGAAGAGGAGCGAGAGGAUUUGGAGGGUUCAGCGAUCCAAAAGACAUCUUCGCAGAGUUUAUGCGGGCAGGAGGAGGUGGUGGCAUGGGCGGUGGAGGCGGCUUGGACGAGGACGACAUCUUCGCAGCAUUCGGAGGAGGUGGAGGAUUUGGAGGAGGACGACCGAGUGGCGGCCGAUCAACAAGCCAACCCUUUGGCGCACGGCGGCGAGAACCUGAGGUGGAGACAACAGUCGUGGAGAAGCAAUUACCCGUCUCAUUGGAGGAGAUCUUCUCCGGUACCACGAAGAAGCUCAAAGUGCAACGCAAGACUUACGACUCGCAAACGGGCAAGCAGAGUUCCGAGGACAAGAUUCUCAGCGUGCCGAUCAAGAAAGGUCUCAAAGCGGGGAGCAAGAUCAAGUAUCCCGACAUGGGCGACCAAGUCGAAGGAGGCGUGCAGGAUCUACAUUUCAUCGUCAAGGAGAAGACCCAUCCGCUGUUCACGCGAGACGGCGAUGACAUCAAGCACACCGUGGAGAUUGAUCUGAAGGAGGCUUUGACAGGAUGGAAGAGGACAGUACAAACUGUGGAUGGAAAGCAGGUUUCGGUGUCGAACUCAGGACCUACACAACCGGAGUGGUCGGAGAGGUUCCCGAGUUUGGGAAUGCCGAAGAGCAAGAGUCCGAAUGUGAGAGGGGAUUUCGUGGUUGGGGUGAAGAUCAAGUACCCGUCGAGUUUGACGGCGGAGCAGAAGCAGAAGUUGAAGGAGAUUUUGUGA